CAGAAACGACGACCUUUCUCGCAGUGCCCACAGCCCCCGCAGUCUCCACAGCCUCAACAGCGCAAGACGCGCCUUCUGCUACAGACGCCGGCACUAGCAGGAGAAGCAAUAUCAAGAAGCGCGCCCUGAGUUUCUCCGAGGCUCCAUCCAAGCGAGGAAAGGCAUGCCCUAGUUAUGCGAGCGAGGUACAGGCUGCCGGCGCGCAACAUCCUGCACUGUUCAUUGGCCCUAACGGACGAUUGACACCAGACCGACCUGGAACAACAGAGUAGUCACAGAAUUACGGUCACAUAGCGCACGACCUCAACAAAAUCAUGUCAAAGCACUUUAGCAAAUCAACCACGGUUCUACACUUUGACGGAAAGGCCUCGAUACAAAAGUCCCAGGAGCGACAAGAUCGGGCCAUAUCCCUCAGCAACCGGAUCAAGACUCUGGAGGUGCGAGUUGACAACGCCAUAGGAAAAAACUGCGGCUCUUUGGGCCCCCUGUACAAGCAAUGUCGAAACGCGUACAAGACAUCCAAGGCAGCAUUGGCAGACAUAAGAAAUGGGCUGGAGACCUUGGAGUGGCACACCUGCGAAUGUCCCUUCCAAGCAGACACGCACAUUGCUGAGUUGUAUCAAGCUGAUAACAACAAAGACGACCUCGCAAUCAUUACCGCCGACAGUGAUAUGAUGGUAUAUCAAGGUGUUAGAGAAAUCACUAUACCCGUCAGGAAGUACCGAGCGCUCACCACGUACAAGAAGGCUGACCUGCUCGAGUCUCUAGACCUCGCAUGUGACCGUGAGCUGUUGCUGGCAUCAAUCAUUACUAAGAACGACUACUCCAAGGUACUCCCGUGGCACGGCUUCCAAAGAAAUAUCAAGAUCAUCCGAGAGAUGAGGACCGAGACCAGAGCAGGCGAUGGAUCGACCAUGGACGCGCCAGAAUCCAAGACGACUGAGGCUGGCAUUAUCAAGGAGCUGAUCCAGGAGUAUUUACAACGGGCGAGAGGAGGACAAACCAAGAGUGUGGAUGACUACACCCACGCCGUUUCGGCUUUCGUUCAAGUGCGUGAGGACUAUCUUGACUCCGCUACGCCAUCGUGCGCGACCCACGAGGAAAUACGGGGCAUACUCCAGAAGCUCGAGAAGUGCAAGCUGCAAAGGAGAAAUAUGACUCGGGCCUCGCGGACAAAUCCUCCAGCCGACACAUUCGCCAGCGACACUUCUGCAGGCUUGGCGUUUUCUUCCCCUGUCCAACGCAGCCUGCAGACGCCUGGACAGCAGACGAUUCUUCAGGCCCGACGCCGUCGCCGCAGACACAAGAAAGGGAACGCCCAACAACGGAGAAAACGACGUCCCAAAGGCAAAGCAAGACGUAAGAAAGUCCGGGAAGCAAAAUGGAGACGAAGCAGUAUAAGAGCAGGAACAGAGAUGCCAACCCUCGUUAUUCCCCUCAUGUUGUCAUGGACGUCAGCCAGUCAUGCCCGGUCGACAAGAUCGCAUUGGAAAAGAUGUCCAUCGAGGAACCGCGCCCGCGGAAGAAGAAGGACGGAAGCAUGGAUGACAAUCCUAAGGCCGCGAGUGAAACUAAGACGAAGUCCAAGGAGGACGAGGAGAAUGGUGAAAAAGUGGAGAGGCGAGCUGGAGCUAACCUGACUAAGCGCCUGUUCGGGAAGGCUUUCAAGGCUGCCACAAUGACUGUAGGGUCGAUCACAGGAUGCCUGCACCGCGCCACGAAGCUGAACGUAGUCCAGACCAGAUCGUCGCGGAACGCAUCAGCGAGGCGGUCCGCAUCAUGAGCCAAACUCGUAUUCUCGUGUUUAAAGCGCUCGAACUUUUUCUCUACAAGGAGGUCAGCACUACCACCAUAUCCAAUUCAGAUCAAGCGCGCCUGGCACCAGAUCAGAACUUGGGCACUGAUGUCAAUCAAGCGAGUGCUCCGAAAGUCCAGCACAAGGAGGAAAAGAACGCGGACCCACUUGAUCUCAUUCUGCACAAGGCACAUGGAGAAACUAUCAUCAGAAAUCUGAUCUCUUUGAUUCUGAAUGGUCC